AGCACGUGACCUAUGGCAAAAAAGGAGCCGCAAAAGGAACGAGUGGGCACGUUCGUGAGUGUUCGUGAGUUCGUGAGCGCUGUAAUAAUCAUGGUAACAACAGAGAAGAUGAAAAGCGAAAGUCUGGCUAGCCUCGUGCAGUGGCCGCGACAGAAAGUUGUUAUUGAGAAAUAACGACACAUAGAUCGACUGUCACCAUGUGUUUUCAAAUGCAAGAGCGCAUGGCAUAGCAUUGAAUCGAGCACGAUUGGUAGUGAUGUCUAGGGAGGUCAUCUCACUUCAGCUGGGACACUAUGCUAACUAUGUGGGUUCACACAUUUGGAACCUGCAGGAAUCAUGUUUUUCCUAUGACCAGGCUGACACCAAAAUUCCUCAUGAGUUCAACCAUGAUGUAUUCUACCGAGAAGGUUUGAGCCCUAGGGGGAAAUUCACCUAUGCACCACGGCUGCUUCUCGUAGACCUUCGUGGGAGCUUGAAGUCUCUGCGUCAAGAAGGUUCACUUUAUGACCCUUUGCCAUCUCCAGCAAAAGAGUAUAUAUGUUGGUCCGAAAAAGUAACCAUACACAAGACUGAGCCCGAAAGGAAGCCUACGUGCACAAAGUCGAAGGACGAGGAAGGGUCUGGGGUGCAGCACGAUGAAGACAAGGAUGUUUGUCGGAGUGAAGUACCACAGACGAGUGGUAGAACACAGCAGCAGCAACAGCUAGAAAAUAAUGUAGAAGUGUGGUCAGAUUUCCUUCAAGCCCGUCUGCAUUCACGAAGCAUACAUCUGCUGCAGGACUAUGUCUACGAAAACAAAGAUCCCCUUGACCAGUUUGGUUUAGGUCUCCAAGUUUGUGAAAGUACCGAAUGGCAUGAUGGGUUUCUGAACCACCUACGACAGUACGUCGAAGAAUGUGAUUGCUUGCAGGCCUUCAACGUUAUGUUUGAUGCUUACGAUGGGUUUGCCGGUUUGUGCAACGGCCUGCUGGAGCACAUUGACGACGAGUAUCCUCGGAAGAGCUCCCUCUGUUGGCCACUUUUUCAGCCUCACUACCGCAUCUUGAAAGAGGAACGGGCAACCAUGGAGGCCGCCUUCCGCAACUUCAAUGCAGUCAUGUGUUACGAUUCCCUCUCCAGGCUCUCCUCCGCUUUCUGCCCCCUCAGUGUUUCGGAAAGCCAGUUUGAGCCGAAGCUAAGGCCCUUCCCUCACCUCACAUUCCAGGAGAAUCUGCCUUACCAUACCAGUGCCAUCCUAGCUGCAGCACUUGACAACAUGUGGAGUGGGCUGAAACUCAAGAAUGAUCCCCUGAGCAUUCCAGAGCUGAUUGGCCAACUGACCGGAUACGGCCGGAAGGCUCUUGCAUUGGGAAGUGCCUUUCCAAUGGGAUUAGCUGCAGAGCAGUACGUUGCAGAUUGGAAAGAAGGGUGUUCCGUAAGCCCACUCACACCUGGGGUGCCAGCGCGAAUUAAACCUUCUGACAGAUCAUCAGUUUCCUUUGCUGUCAUCCGUGGACUUCCUGGUGACAUGAUAUCCAGGGUUCCGGCACACAUUGAGGCUCGGCAAGAGGCUCUCUUCAAGUUUGUUGAUCGUCAUUGUCACGAUGGUCUCAUGUUAAUGCGGGGAGUACAAAACCCAUCACGAACACACUCACCCUUUCCGAGCAUAUUUGGGAGUGCUGUGUCGUCUGAGGGAUUAAUUUUGCCUAGUGGUACAGUGAGAAGUAAACCAGGUGUGGAUCAAGUGCCGUCUCUUACGACUCUCUCCUGCAACGAAAGUGCUGGCAGCCCUCUGCACGAAGCAAUUGCAGCAGGUUCCAAGCUUCGGUUGUCAAAGCUUCACCGAUGUGUGCUCACAGGCACUGAGACUGACUCUUUCAAUGAGGCACUGAACAGGGUUCAGGAACUUGCAUAUGCAUAUGAGUCAUAGGAGUAACAAACAAAUGAAGUUUUGCUGGUGAUGCAGUGGCAUUCCUUCUAUGUGCUUCUGUGAAGCCUGGUAAACUUAUUCAUCGGUGAAGACUUUGUGCUUUUCUGAACCUGUACUGAUCACUCUUUACACCGAAAAGCUAUAAUAAAUGAAUUGUGUGUA